CCAGUCCUAAACCAACAUUUGUUCAAUGCACAUGAUAAAUUUUGUCGACUAGAAUGAGAAGCAGCUAGCUAGAUAAUACACUUAUGUUGUAUAAAGAAGCAUUAAAGCUUUGGAGAAAUACAAAGAAAGAAGCAAUAAAGGCAUUUUAUUUUUGCUUCUUUGUGCAAUUUGUGCAAUUGGUACUGUGAUACAUCAAAUAGACCAAAACAUUUCCUUAGUCACAAAGUAACAUAUUUCUUUUUUUGUCAUUCUAAAAAAAAAACAUAUUAGGAUGUCAUUUUCAUCCUUACACUUCACUUUUUUUACCUUAACUUUAUAGCUUUAGUUUCAACACCUUCCUCUACCCUUUUGAUAAUUUUUCACUCCUGUUCUAUUCUACUAGUAUGUUUUUAAAAGCAAAACAUCUACUUAAAUAACUCCAACAUUACAAGAACAGAAAGAUUCUAAAUUCCAAAAACACAAUUUCAUCAUGGCCAAGAAAGUUUCUCUAUGCCUCCUGUUCCUCUCUUUUCUCAUUUUCUUCUGUUCAGCAGGAAACAAUGCAUUUUCAACUUCUGUUGGAACCAAAUUUCACCACAAAAACAGGAUCUCAAAAUCUCAGAUUUGGUAUUUGGUAACAGAUCACACAAAUCAUCAAACCAUAGUACAAAACAGAAGAGUUCUACAAGAUAUAAACAACUCACCAACAACAACAAAUCCAGCAUCAGUAACACCAUCAACAAUAACUCCACCAGACACACCAACCAUAAUCACAGUUCCUUCAGCAAAUCCUGUCACAGUUUCUCCAACAAAUCCAACACCACUACCUGUUACAAAUCCAGUUACAGCUACUCCUAUUACAGUUCCAGGUACACAGCAACCUGUGAAUUCUUAUCCACCUCCAUCACCACCAUCAUCAGGAACUGUUCCUGUCACAAAUCCUCAGUUUCAGCCUCCACCUUCAAACUCAAAUUCUCAAUCUCAAGGUAGUUGGUGUGUGGCUAAAACUGGAAUUCCACAAACAACACUUCAAACAGCAUUGGACUAUGCUUGUGGAACAAAGAGUGUAGAUUGUUCACAAAUACAACAAGGUGGAAACUGUUACAAUCCAAACUCACUUCAAAACCAUGCUUCUUUUGCAUUCAAUAGUUACUACAUAAAGAAUCCUGCUUCAACUAGCUGUGACUUUGGAGGGGUUGCUACAAUUGUUACCACUAACCCUAGUUCCGGUACUUGCAUCUAUCCACCAUCUUCAGGAGGAGCAGGCACAUCUGGCUCUGGCACUACAUCACCUUCAACAGGUUUUGGGCCUCAAAGCUCUCCAUUGGAUUCCUCUCAUUCAACUGGCCUUAGACCUUUCCUAGGCUGCAUGAUUAUGAUGACAUUAUUGGUCAGUGGAAGACUUGUUAUAUGAAGCCUAGAUAAUUUGUAUUUGUAUACUAUUCUACAUGCAGGUGUAGAAAGACAGUAGUAGAAUAGAAAAGAGAGUUUGUGAUGAUCGUAACACCCAAAUGAGAUAAUCAGGUUCAGGAAAUGGAGUAGUAAUUUAGGAUUUUAUUGUGUAGAUCAGUGUGCAUUGUGUUUGUCAUGGAAAUUCAUUUGCAUAUACAUGGAAACAUUGUUAUAAUUAUUCAACGAAAUAACUCACGUGGGUAGAGUUUUUAAA